UAUGCACACAGACAGUGCCACCUUUGUAUUCCUGAAUUCUGCUCCAUCCCCCUCCUUCCGAUCCCAAGAUGCUGCUUGCUUAUAUUUGAUUGUAAGUCACCUCCAUCUUUUCCACCAGAUUCGUCAGCAAUAUGGAACCUAGAAACCAAACAGGUGUUUCAGAAUUCCUUCUCCUGGCACUGACAGAGGAUCCGGAAGCACAGCCUCUCCUUUUUAGCCUCUUUCUGUCCAUGUAUCUGGUCACUGUCCUGGGAAACCUACUCAUCAUCCUGGCUGUCAGCUCUGACCCCCACCUCGACACCCCCAUGUACUUCUUUCUUUCCAAUCUCUCCUUUACUGACAUCUGUUUCAGCACCACCACGAUCCCAAAGAUGCUGGUGAACCUCCAAGCACAGAAUCAGAGCAUCACUUAUGCAGGAUGCCUCACCCAGGCCUACUUUGUCCUGAUUUUUGCUAGUUUGGAAAGUUUUCUUCUUUCAGUAAUGGCCUAUGACCGCUAUGUGGCCAUUUGUCACCCACUGAGAUACACAGCUAUCGUAAAUCCCCACUUCUGUGGCCUGCUGAGUCUAGCCUCCUUGCUCUUUAGCAUUUUGGAUGCCCUGCUCCACAGUCUGAUGUUGUUGCGACUGUCCUUCUGCACAGACCUGGAAAUUCCUUACUUCUUCUGUGAAGUUGUUCAGGUCAUCAAAGUUGCCUGUUCUGAAACCCUCAUCAAUAACAUCAUCUUAUAUUUUGCAGCUAGCAUACUGGGUGUUCUUCCUUUCUCUGGAAUCAUUUUCUCUUAUACUCAAAUUGUCUCUUCCAUUCUGAGAAUACCUUCAGCAGGUGGAAAGUAUAAAGCUUUUUCUACCUGUGGGUCUCACCUUUCAGUUGUUUGCUUGUUCUACGGGACAGCUUUUGGUGCGUAUGUAAGUACGACAUUUACACACUCUUCCAGGAAGACUGCAGUAGCUUCAAUGCUGUACACUGUAGUAACUCCCAUGAUGAACCCCUUCAUCUACAGCCUGAGAAACAGGGACAUGAAGAGAGCCUUGAGGAGCAUUAUCAGGUACACACCUGCUUUUCAGUGAUUAUAUUAUCUACUUCGGGUUCGGAUUUCUAGAUUUCAUCAAAGUGACGGUCACAGAUGACUGCAACAGACUCAGCUGUCACAUCCAGACUUCAUGCUCAGAGAUACCAAAUAGACCGUCCCCAGACCUAUUGUUAAUAGAGGACUUAUUAUUAAUAGACCUUUCCAUAGAAUCAAUACAGAAGACAUCUACUUCCAUCUGAUCACUGAGAAUAGUAUCAUAUCCAUUUCUAACGAAAGUUCUGUUUGGGAGAAAAUAAUUACUGUGAGAGCUUUAGAUUGACAAUGUAGAGUAGAUUUUCUGUUGGGAAGUUAACUCCUAUAACCACUACAAGCACUUACUACGUUGCCUGGCACCUAAUACUUGAUAAAAUUUAACUAGGACCACUGUGUUCUAUAUGUUGCCUUUAUAUAUAAGGCUUAUUUUCUACUUUCUCCAGGAGUUUUUUUGGUUUACCAUUAUUGUAGUAUAGCACGUUUUUCUCAUCUUAGUAAUUAAAUCAAAUGAAUAAUUGUUGAGCAGGCAGGGUAGAGUUGGUAGUCUGUUUUGGAACCACAUUUGCUUGGAUCCUUAAAAAACCAAAAACAAAAAAAUACUGAUCAGCGCGUAUAUGAGAUGUUACUUUUCUCCUUAGUCACCUUAUUUUGUAGUUUUUCUUUCUCAUCUCUGGUGAGUCCACAGAGGCUAAGUAAAAUUAUUAGAAUCAUUGAAGUCUUAGGGGAUUGGCUGUACUCUUAGGAAUCUCAUACAAAGUUUGUAAUGUAUAUUUAUGAGGAAAAGAAUUUUUCUAUGGACAUGAACUUUAUUUUGAGGAAGAUGUAUACAGUGUAAAAUAGAAUGGGACAAAGGGGAAGUUGGCAGACUUAGGGAGAUCACUUUUCCACAACUACAAAGAAGCAGAGCCAUCAGUCAGAAUCGUCUCCGGGUGCUGGGGUGACAACAAAACAAAUCUUGUAGGAGAAUUAAUGAUAUGGCUGGAGAGACUUCUGAUCACCAUUGAUAGUGGCAGUGGGAUUGUGUUCAGCACUAAAUCAGGAGGCAGCUCCUCACCAGACACACCAGGUAUAUUGUAGUGCAGAGUUGACUCCCUUUAUGUUCAUAAAACACUUGCAGAGAUGAGUCACCUGAGGCCUUGUUCAUACUGUGGGUUUCCGUACCUCACCCAAGACCUACUUUAAUAUCUGGGGAGUCAUCUGAAGGAUGAACAUUCUAAAUAAUUACUUCUUUGAGAUUCUGAUGUAUGCCAAAGUUUCAGAAGUAUGGCUUUAAUAUUAGACAA